UCAAAUAAAAGAAAAAGUAAGGUCUUCUCCAAGUCUUUCAAAUUCCGAGACGAGAAUUUGAUUCGACACUGCUGCCCAUAACCAUACGAAGACGCUGAAGCUCAAGAUGGGCUUACUGGGUCUCGUUGGAUUUGCGCUCCAAUGCAUUCAUGUUCUUGCAUGGCCUCUCUUUGCUCUGGUCUAUCCUCUGUGUUCUUCCAUUAGAGCAAUCGAGACAGAUUCCAUUACAGAUACUCACAAGAUAAAUACGUAUUGGGUCGUCUUCUCAUUGAUCUUGCUAUUUGAACAUGCUUUUAUGAAGCUCCUUGAAUGGUUCCUGCUCUGGCCAUACAUUAGGCUACUGAUUGUCUUCUUUUUGGUGAUGCCACAUUUUGAUGGUGCCUUAUAUGUCUAUAAACACCUUAUCUUUCCUUGCCUCUCCGUGGAUCCCCAAAUUGUUAUCAACUUGUUCAACAAGCGGAAGGAGUCCCUUGCGAGAGAUAACUUUCUCUCUGAGGUUGAGAGAUAUGUCAAGGAGAAUGGACCUGAAGAUUUGGAAAAAUAUAUUGCUUGCAAGUCAACGAGGACAAAUCUCAACGUAAAAGAGUUCAAUGCAGUUUCAUCCAUGGAUAAUGAAGCGUCAAAAUCCAUAACGCCAAAUGGUGGACAGAAUGAUAUCAAAGCUGUGCAGGUAAUGGUGAAAAAGAAGGAAACAACUGCUAGCCAAGUUAGUCAGGCAGAGUCUAAUCUCACUGUGAAUGAAGAUAAAUUUUCUUCUAGGAAGACGAAUGAAAAAGCCAUUGAGGCUGCAGCCGACAGAGAAAUUCUGAAUACUCCACCUCCAAGGAAAGUCCAGAAGGAGUGGACCACAGUCAAUCCGCUACCAACUCAAACUGAUGCAACUUUUAAUUCCCCUCUCGGUGAUAAUAAACACAAGGCUACAUACGAGGCACUGAAGAUAAAGAAUGAGGGAGAGCCGAAGUUCACUGGGCCUGAAAACCGUACUGUUGCAGCCAUGGAAAUAUAUGAAAAGCCGGAUGAAGUUGGAACAGCUAUAGAAGAUCCAGAGCCUCCUAAAGAAGUCCAGAAAGAGUGGACUUGUGCUCUCUGUCAGGUAACUACUGCAUGUGAAAGAACUAUGAAUUCCCACCUGCAAGGGAGAAAACACAAGGCAGCAUAUGAGGCACUGAAAGCAGGGAACCAGGCAUUUGUGCCCAAGAUUGCCCCAGCUUCAACUGCAAAAACAUCCAAUCAACCAAAUAAGGAGCCAGGAAAGAGUAUUCGGAGCAGUGGAUCAAAACAAAAAGUUACUGUAAAUGAAAAUGUGCAAGGCCAGAAAAAUAGUAGUCCUGCUCCAAUCACAAAGCACUAUAAACCGAAAGAGCAGCUAGCAGAUGGUGUAUCCAGCAAUGGCCAGAAAGGGAAAAUUGCUAUACACGUCGAGAAGGUACAAAGUCAACAACCAAAGCCAAAUGAAGUUCCAAGGGUGAAGAGUUCUCCUAUGCGGUGCGAAAUUUGUGGCGUAUGCUGUUCUGAUGAGAUUGACUUGAUGUCUCAUCUCAACGGAAAAAAACACAAGGAAAAUGUGCAAGAGUACCUAAUCAGGGUUGCAAGGAUGAAAAAGCCUAGGGUCCUAGCUUUGUGAUACCGAAACUGGUGAGUUUGACAUUACUGGUGAGUUUGACAUCUGUGAGCCCCCGAAAAUUUUGUUUAAUUUUUAGAAGGUAUUUUUUGUCAAUAAGAUUUUCGCAAGGUGAUUUAAGUGAAGAAAUCGAUUUUGGAAAUUGUUUUGGUGUCGAGACCACCUACUGGGUCGACAAUUUAAGUUUGGGCCAAAGUCCUUUCAUUUGGGCCUGGAAGGUACUAAAGUUCAUUGCAGCAAAAAGAUCGCCGAAGCAAAUUUGAAAUGAGAACAUUUUAACUUCGUACUUUUUCUUGUUAUUUUAAUUUGUCGCAUAACGUAUGAAAUUACGUAUUCGUAAUGUACGAAUGUAUUCGAGAUCAGAUUAAGAUUA